AUGAGCGGCGCGAGGCAGCGCACGCUAUACCAGAGCUGGGGCUCGAGCGGCCCGGGGACCAACGGCCGCCAGCCCCGGCCUACUGCCAGGGAGAAGCCUGGACCCUCGGCCGCCGCCGCCGCCGCCUCCGCCGCCUCUCGGGACGGCUUCGAGGACGAGGAGGAUGACGACUUGCUCCUGGUGGCCGCCGCGUCCGAGGCCGAGCGAAGCCUGCGUUCGGGGCCCGGCGUCGAGCCGCCGCCGCCCUCCGGCUUCGACCUGUCCUCGGGCGACGUGUGGAUUUACCCCACCAACUACCCGGUGCGGGAGUACCAGCUGAGCAUGGCCCGGGCCGCCCUCACGCGCAACACGCUGGUCUGCCUGCCCACCGGCCUCGGCAAGACCUUCAUCGCCGCCGUGCUCAUGUACAACUACUACCGCUGGUUCCCCUCGGCCAAGAUCGUCUUCAUGGCCCCCACCAAACCGCUGGUCGCUCAGCAGAUCGAAGCCUGUUACAAGGUCAUGGGCAUCCCGCAGGAGCACAUGGCGGAGAUGACCGGGCAGACGUCGGCAAUGGAUCGCCAGAGUAUCUGGGACUCCAAACGAGUUUUCUUCCUAACGCCGCAGGUUAUGGUGAAUGACCUUUCUCGUGGGACUUGCUCUGCAGUUGAGGUGAAGUGUUUGGUGGUUGAUGAAGCUCAUAAAGCACUAGGAAACCAUGCUUACUGCCAGGUUGUGAAGAUGCUGUGUAACUAUACACGUCAGUUCCGUGUUUUGGCUUUGAGCGCGACACCAGGCAGUGACUUAAAGGCUGUACAGCAAGUCCUUUCAAACCUGUUGAUUGCACAUCUAGAGAUCCGAUCUGAGGAUUCCCUGGAUAUUCAGGCCUAUUCCCACCAUCGACAGAUAGAGAAGAUUGUUGUUCACCUAGGAAUUGAGCUGAGUGGUAUCCAAUCGUUAUACUUGGAGGUUUUGAAAGCAUUCACAAGGCGUCUUAUCCAGAUUGGAGCCUUAUUUAAUAAAGAUAUAACAAGUUUAACUAAGUAUCAGAUUGUUCUUGCACGGGAACAUUUCAGAAGAGAUCCACCAGUGAAUAUGAUAGCAGCUCAACGAGGCAUGAUGGAAGGAGAUUUUGCUCUUUGCAUUAGCCUUUAUCAUGGAUACGAACUUCUAUUGCAAAUGGGAACACGAUCCUUAUAUAUCUACCUCAAAGGUAUCAUCGAUGGCUCUAAAGGUAUGAUACGAGCACGAAAUGAACUCAACAAGAACACCAAUUUUAUGAUGAUGUAUCAACAGCUGGACACUCUGUUUGCAAACAGCAGUACACUCAAUCCUAUCGCAGGAAUUGAAAAAGAAAAGCCAUUUAUCUACAGUCAUCCCAAGCUUCAAAAGCUUGAAGAUGUUGUAGUGGAUCAUUUCAAGUCCUGGGUGGAAUCUCAAGAUCUAAGUGCACCUGGAAGAAAAAGUGAUGUGGUGAAUACUCGUGUCAUGAUCUUCUCGUCAUUCCGUGACAGUGUCCAGGAGAUUGCGGAAAUGCUAACCCAACAUCAACCUCUUGUGAAAGUCAUGACAUUUGUUGGACAUUCUUCUGGAAAAAGCAUGAAGGGAUUUACACAGAAAGAACAGCUUGAGGUUGUGAAGCGCUUUCGUGAAGGCGGCUAUAACACAUUGGUUUCUACGUGUGUUGGGGAAGAAGGUUUAGACAUUGGGGAAGUUGACCUCAUUGUUUGUUUUGAUGCUCAAAAGAGCCCUAUUCGCCUGGUGCAAAGAAUGGGUCGAACUGGCCGCAAGCGUAAAGGCAGAAUCGUGGUUAUCCUCGCAGAGGGACGAGAAGAAAAGACCUACAACCAAAGUCAGUGCAACAGGAAGAGCAUUUACAAAACCAUCUUGGGAAAUGGCAAGAAAUCCUUACAUCUCAAUCCAAACAAUCCCCGCAUGAUUCCCGAUGAUGUAAAUCCAGCUGUUCACAAGAUGCACAUAACUACUGGAAAGUAUGAAUCAAAAGACCUGUCAAGACGCUCAUCAAAACUGGGAAGCACGGUCAUUCCUUCCAAGCGCCGCAGAGAAGCAGAACAAUCAAAAUCAAAGCAGGAUGGCUUUUUGACCCCAGCAGAGACUGAAAUAUGGAAUGCAAAAUUUAGAUUAAAAGAUGAUGAUGGAUUCCAGAGACCAAAACUGAAGAAAGUUUCAUUUGAAUCUGUAAAGGAUGAUCUCGAUGUUCUCGACGUGAAUGAAGACACUGGUGCAAUUCGUGAGCUUUCAUUGUCAGAGUGGGCGGUCUGGCAAAAUCGUCCAUUUUACACUCAUUUGGUUGACCAUUCUGAUCGCUGCCUGCACUUCAUAAGUAUUAUGGAUAUGAUUGAGUUGAUGAAACAAGAGGGAGACGACAGGAAUUCAUUAGAAAUUAUGUCCUUUUUAAAUACGGAUGAUGUUUUUGGAGCAGCUCCUAAGGCACCUACCCAAAUUGCACCUGGUCGCCUCGUUGGAUUUCAUCAAAGUAUUCAGAAAAUGCUAAAAUCGAGACACGAAAAAUACAAGUCCAUAAGCAAGUCGAACACAUUAACCAAUGACGAUGAGGAACUAUCAUUUUUCAAAGUAGGUAAAAUGAAAGGAACAAAGAUUCCGUGUGAAGACUUCAAAACGGCAAAAUCCAAGACAAGUGAGGAAUCUCGACAUUCUGUCCUUUGGAAUAGUAAAGAGAAAAACAUUGCAAGUUGUUCUGCAUUCAGCUCCAAGGAAUGUCUCACAAAGCCAAGUAACCAGCCAGAAGAGCAGAUGGAGUUGGACAUGAAUGAGAUCAUGCAGGAAGAGGUUUGUGCCAGUGAAUCACAUCAAAAUCAAAAUGUUCUGAAUAAAAUAGGAGUUGAAACUCUCGGGUGUUUUUCCAAAUAUCGUGAAUUGAACAACAUUGAUUUGGGAUACAAUAGUUUUGUUGAUGAAACUUCAGUGAAUGGGUUAAAUUUGUCCAACCUAUUUUACCUCCCGGACUCUUUCAAAACUCAAGACACAACUCAGCUACCACAGCAAAAAUGCAACCAUGCAAAUCCAAAAAGAAGCAAGAAUUCUUAUUCGCCUACGGCUGAGCUUCCAUCUUGCCAUACAGCAGCACCAGUUCCUGCCAGUAUUCAAAUGGUUUUGGAAAAUGUGAGAGCAUUUCUUAGUGAGUCUCCCCCUCCUUUAGAUAUAUCUCUUCUGUGGGAAGAAGUAAACUACAAAGAAAAUCGAAGAGAUUCUAAUUUGAAAACCUCUCCAGCAAAUAUUCAAAGUGAACAAUUAAUCGAUGAUUCACCAAGAAUCACUACUGAAGCGCAUUUCAAUGAGCCAAAUCUCCAUCCUGAACCUUUUAAUAAUCAUGGUAUUGAUGCUGCGUUAAGUCCUUCCUGGGAUGAUGUAUUUGAUACUGACAGUGAAGAAGACCCAGAAAAAUAUGGUGAAGCUCAACCAAGCGUACACACAAAAGAAUUGCAUGAUCCUUCCAACUGCUUUGCUCUUUCAAACCAAAAACCUGAAACCCACAAUGAUUCUCUGAAAGACACACUGUUGGAAUGUGAGGAGAGCUUGCCGCUGUUUGAAGGUGAGCAGUUGCGAGUUGAUGGUGCUUCAGCUCUUCAUCUCCCCAACUGCAGCAAAAACCAUUCUGUUUUCCAGGAUGUCUCUGGCCUCAGUAGAGAGUUCACUGAGCAACUACAGAUUCCUAAACCAUGUGCCAGUGUAAGUCUGGAUAACCGAGACCCUGAACAAAUGGCAACACGGCCAUUACUUUCCCCUAAUUCUUGCCCAAGACAAAAGCCUGCUGAAAAUGUGCACGUUGAUCAGCAUCGAGGAAAGGCCAAUGAGAGCGAUGUGUAUAAUUGCUCCGAAGAACUAUUUUCUGUGAAUUUUGAUCUUGGGUUUUCUUUUGAAAACCUGGAUUCAAAUUUAGAAACUGGUGAUGACUUGAAUCAAAUGUACAGCAAAACUGCGAAUUCCGCAGAGCAUCGUCUUGUGGACAGAUCAUCUUGUGAGAAGCCAGAGGUAGGAAAGUCAGCACUAGAUAAAUGUCCAUUUGAGAUCCAGGAAAGUAGCAAUAACACAGUUGAGCCAAAAGUAACUUCAGAAGUGCCGAGAUUCAAUAGAUUUAUUUCAACACCGGUGGUGUCUUUCAAACACUCGACUGUAAAAUACGGAAGAACAGAAUUACCUUAUGAGGAAAAACAAGACUUGACAAGAUCAGAGCAUUCUCCACUCCACCAGUUUGAUCAGAAAGAGUCGGUGUCCUCUCCCUUUUCUCCAACCUUUGUAGACAUUUCAACACCAAAACAAAAGUGCAUGUCCUCAUCCAAACUCCACAGUACGGUAUCUUUCACUCCUCCAUCAAAAAAUUCCCAAACUGGUGUUCCGCGCAAUGCUACAAGAAAGUCUGAGAUGAUUAGGAGAACUUUGACUAAGUCAGCAUCAUUUGGUGAAACUUCUGGGACCAAUAACACAAGUGAAGCUCAUGGAAAUAAGAGCAUUUUUCACAAAAUACCUGAAUCACCAGUUAAUGGUGGGUGCACGAGUGGAAGUGAGGAGGAGGUUAUCCGAAGACCUGGUAAAAGAGUCAAUCCCAAAAUUCUGGAGUCUCCUGAGGUACAAGAAACCAGCAAUAUUGAAUCACCUAUUCAUGCCGUCAAAAAGCCCAGGAAAGCACUUGAUUUAAAAGAUACAGACAGUGAUGAUGAUUUCAGAGCAACUUCAGCCAAGAGCAAUAUCAAAAGGUCCAAAAUCUGGAGAAAGCAAGCUGCUCGUCAGUUUCUGGAAGAAGAGGCAGAGCUUUCCUGUGAGGGAGCGGAAGGCGUGUCCUCUGAUGAAGAUAACUCGGAUCAUGAUGAAGCUGCUUUGCGGGAUUUCAUCAAUGACAACUCCCAGCUUUCACAGGCUUUGAAUGAUUCUGAUAUGCAAGAAGUUUACCUGAAAUCUGUUCGAAGUCCAAAUAUUCGUGUUCGGAACAGAAAGGCGAGCAGAAAAAGAGACAUGGCCAUCUUUUCUCAGAUACCUGAACAGGAUGAGACCUAUAUGGAGGACAGCUUCUGUGUUCAAGAGGAAGAGAAUGAUAAUCAAACCGACUUGUUGAGUGACGAUGAGAUUGUUAAUUUUGAUCUCCUUAAUUUUGAUCUCUUCAAUGAAUCCUUUGCCGAAGGAAGAAAGGAGUACAUGACUCGGCGUAGAGCGAGGACAAAACUGGCAGGAAUUGAGAAUAGUAGCGAGGACGCUUUAACCAAAAAGAAGAAAGGGAGUCGAAUCAUUGUAAUUGAAGAUUCGAGUGAAGACGAACUGGAGGUGAACUUGAAUAAGCAAUCAUUGGGGUCACGACAGAGCAGCAGUAAAGAGACUGUCUUAUGUUCAGAAUCAAUCAAAGCAGAUAGUUCUUAUAAAACCCAUGUUUCAAAAACUACUUUGCUCCAAAAACAAGCAGCGUGUGCUGAACAAGAAAAGUCUUCAGAGCUUUACUCGUUGGAAAAAAGGUGUCAGAUGCGCUUGAAUCUCCAGGCGGAUGUAUCUGAAGCACUGGACUUUCAAACGGAGAAAUAUUCAACUUCUGCCCCAGAAGCUGCAUCUACCUCGAGAGUGAAGGGGAGAUUGCAGAGCAAACCUGAACUGGACAGGUUGUGUGCUGUUAAUGUGACAGAAAAAAUGUUGGUGGGUGAUAACAGAUACGUCGCAAGAACAAGUGAAGCAUUACCUAAAGACAGCAGCAUUUCCAUACCUCCAGAUGGAUUUGACCAGGCAGCACCACUGGUGGUACUUGUCGACAGUCGUGAGGUCUCCUCUGGACCAGACCUCAUCUCUUUUCUACGCACAAAGCACGGCAUUAAGACUGGGAUUUGUUCUCUCAGUGGGUGUGAUUAUAUAGUGAGCAACCGGAUGGCUGUGGAAAGAAAGUUGUUGUUGGAAUUCAGUAAUAUUUCAAACCGAAGUAAGCUGGUGGCACAGAUUCAGAGCAUUCAGGCCAUGUUUGAACGGGUCUGCAUAAUUUUGGAGAAAGAUCGAACUAAAGCAGGAGAAACAUCCAGGAUUUUCCACAGAACCAAGUACUUUGAUGGCUUGCUGUCUGCGCUGACUGCCGCUGGAAUCCGAAUGCUCUUCAGCUUCAGCCAGGAGGAAAGCGCUGGUCUGAUCGCUGAUCUUGCCCGGGUUGAACAAAGGAAGAAUGCCGCGAUUACUGUCCCACCAGAGGUCAAAGGCCCUCAGCAACAUGUUCUGCGGUUCUAUCUCAGCAUUCCCGGCAUAAGUUACAUAACUGCUUUGAAUCUCUGUCACCGGUUCAGCACAGUGAAACAGAUGGUCAACAGCUCUGUGGAUGAAAUAGCUGCUCGAACAAAGAUUAGCCGGCGAAGAGCUGAAGAGAUCUACCGUUAUCUUCACUAUAUAUUUGAUCCAGAGAUGGUGCCUGAUCAGGUAGGGUCGACUUGAAGGAAACAAAGUUGAUAGAUGCAAAUAUCUUGAAGAACUGCUACCCUUUCCUUGACCAUGCUCACUGUGACAUGCACUUUAUUUUUAUACUCAUUAUUUUCUGUAUGAAUAUGUAAAUAAAACCCUU